GUAAGAAGAUGUUGAAGGUGAUGAAAUUUUGGAUAAUUCAAAUCAUAAAGUUUCUGGGUUGGAGGAAAUCUGGGAAGUGGACUUUAAGGACUUGAAGCACUUUGUGCUCAAAACGCCAAAGAAAUAUCUGUGAUAUGGAGCCACAUCAUUCAUCUAGACCUUCUCGCUUGGAGAAGCAGGAAGAGUUUGAAGUGGAAGAAGAGAGUUUUAUGCUUUCCCCUGUCACUAUACAAAUUGAAGACAGAGGAAGUAAUCAAGGAGAAAGUGAUCAAGAUGCUAGGAGCAAGGAUAGUUCAUAUGCUUUUGAUGCUGAUGAUGAUAGUAGUAGUCCCAGUGGCAGAACGAGCAAUCCUGACCUCUCACCGGACACUAUGGAUAGACUCACAGAAGCAAAACCAGAACGACGAAAAUCUAGUCGUGUUAAAGUACUAGUGAGAAGUCAUGCUGUUCAUGAUGAUGCAUCACCUCCUCCUGAUCUUGAAACAGUUAUUACAAAUACUAAUAUGCUGAGUGUAACAAAUGCAUCAUCCUUUGCAACUCAGUGCAAAACAUCUUCAAAUAAAAUUCGAUUAGGAGGUGGUCAAAGCAGUUCUCAAGGCAGUACAGAAAGCUCUUCUGCAUCUGGACUUUCCAGAGAUUCUAGUACAGAAACAUACACAGAUUCAUCUGGUGUAGAUCUGCAACAAUUCAUUGUAGACACACUCCACAAAAAUCAGAAAGAUCGUUUAAUGCUUUUAAAAGUAGAACAAGAACUGAUGAUGUUGAUGAAAGAUAACAAGAGGAUAUCCUAUAAGUUUCCGCAAAUGAGCUCUUACAAUCGAAUGUUGGUGCACAGAGUUGCAGCAUUUUUUGGUUUGGAUCACUAUGUGGAUGGAAAUGGAACAGCUGUAAUUGUGAAUAAAACAAAAACGUCACGAAUACCGGAUGCUCGGUUUCAGGAGUUAAUAAGAGAUGAACUUCUGCCUGAAGAACCAAAAAAAUCGAUAUUAAAACGGGAUAGCAUAUCAUUUGAAGAAGGAAAAGAGAAAAGCCCUGAGCGCCAGUCUUCCACAGAUAGUAGGCGUAGUAAGUCUUUUGAAGAAAGAGAAGAGGAGUAUGAAAAAGCGAGAGCCAGGAUUUUUAAUCAAGAUGAAGGACUUGGUGAAUCACCUCUUAAUAGAAGUCAAGAGGGAACUUAUAGUUCUAGUCGUAGAAGUAGUCAAGAAGAUGUUCGGUGGCCAAGUAGUGAAACUAGACCGUGGAGUAGUACUGACUCUGAUAGUUCUGGACGUCCCUUAGGAAUGAAGUUGAGCAGUAGUAGUUUUGAAACAGAUGUAAGAUACCAUUUAGUGGGAAAAACCUCUCGUUCAGCUGUUUUAGGAAAAGCAGAAAGUGAAACUAAAGCAUUUUUAACGCCAUCUAAACCAAGUCGUCCAGCAAUGACCAAAGCAAGUAGUUUUGGUGGAAUCUCAGUGUUGUCACGUGAAAAUGCCUGUGGUCGGAAUGUUACUCCUAGAAUAACAAAAGCAGAAUCUUUUAAUGUGACAACGAUCUCCAGCAGCCCGAUUCCUACAUUUAGUGAUGGAUCUUCUGAACCACCAGAUGAUCCUGUAAAAACAUCAAGUCCAGCAAACCUGGCGUCAUCCACAGUAACCCUGCCAAGUAUUCCCUGCCAGUACUCAGCAGUGAUAACUGUUGAACAAACAUUCCCUUUGACUGCUGUUCAGUCUGCUGAAAUUCAGGUUCAGUGUAUUCAGGAUUCUAGCCAGCAGCCAACAAAUUGGCAAUCAAUGAGUCAAGAUUCAUCAAAAGAAUUUAGUUCGCUUUCUGCUGCUGAACAACCUCUGAUGUGGCCAUAUUCCUCUGGAACUGAUAUACUCUUCUCUGGAGGUGUACUUGUCAAUCCUCAAGCAGGAUGCCAGCGUAUGAUGUUUUCUCCGUAUCAAUCUAUCGUAGUCACUGCAACUGAGCAAGUUUCUUCUACAGUAACCCAUAUUUCAUCAGGAACAUCAUCCAGUCAAUCAUCUCAACGUCAGCAACCUCAUCCUGUAUUACAGUCACAAAUACAACAAUCUCAACCAGUUGUAAAUACAUCAUCAUCACCAGCUGUAUUUUAUGUACCAUAUAUUUCACAAACACAAUCUCCCAUUGUUCAUCAAUCUUCACUAAAUCCUGUACAGAAUGUUCGCCAUCAACCUCCAUCAAGUCAGUUUUUAUCAGAACCAAGACCUAUUGUUUUGUUUCCUGUAUGUUAUGUGCAACAGAGCUCAAAUGUUCAUCCACCACGACAUGUGUUUCCUACAAGCACUCCUCCUCAAAAUGUUUCAGCAUCAUCUCAAAGUCCUCAGUACCUUUCCUGUUUUCCUGCCUUACCAUUUUCUCAAAGUGGAGAAACAUCCAUUGUUUCAAGCACAUCAUCUACAGUUUAUCCUUUUGGUAACAUUAUUGUUGGAAGUGCUGCAAGUACAUGCCAGACAACAAUUAAAUCUCAGUUUACUAGUCAAUCACCUCAACCUUCAGUUUGCGUUCAGCAGUCUGUUAUGCAACUGCAGACGACUUCAACAACCCUCCCUCCAGUUUAUGUGUCUAUCACCAGCAGCACACAAUCACCUGCUACACGAACUCAUGCAGGAGGACAUGUAGCUGCACAGUUCUCUUCAUUACGUUCACAAUCGCUUCCAGUGUCAUCAAGUUCUGGAUCAGGUCUUCUUAAUCAUCCUGUUUUAGGGUAUACUGUUUAUGCACCACCUAUUCAAGGCAUACCUUCUCACCAAACCUUGACAACUGUAACUGUAAAUCAAAAUACUUCAGCUUCUUCAUCUCAGUUUUCCCCUGCUUAUGUAUCUGCAUUUCAGGUUUUGCAGCCAAAUGUGCCCUUGAUUGCAAAUGUUGGAAGCAAUUCUCAACCAUCACAGAGUAUUAUACGCUCACAGUAUGUUACUCCUAUUUCUACAGUCAGCAAGGUGCCUCUCAGUUUUCCUCUUGUAAAACAAGCAAGUGAUCCUGGGGUUGGAGACCAUUUAGCUCUUUCUUCUAAUUUGUGUUUGGUGGGUUCUCCUGUGCAGCAACAGCUUGGGCCAUUGCUAUUGCCUCAACAGCCAUCAAUAGCAAGGAUUCCACGUGCUUCCAUUUCACACCUUUCUCCUGCCAAUCGCCCUCCUAAGACUAGAAAGCAAAGAUCUAAAGGAAGUUGUUCAACAUCUCAGGCAUCGCAACCAAUAUUGGAAGUAGGAGGAAAUCGUAUUUUAGAAGUAGAAGGUUUGCCAGAGGAUAUGAAGCGUUAUGAAGUAGAGAGAUAUCUUGAAGGAGUGACUGAACAUGGUGCAAAAAUUUAUAUAUUAAAUUCCGAAAGUUUGGAAGUGUUGGAAGAAGGAAUCAAUAUUCUUGCAAGUAGCAAGCAUUUAGUUUUAGCUGUGUUUGAAAAUGAUACAGCUGCACAAAAUGCGCUUCUAAGCAUAAAAACUACUAAAUUUCAACUUCGCCGUUGGCAUCGUUCACCAGACUGUGGAAAAAAAUAAAAACUAAUUCACCAUCUUGUUUGUAAAACAGUGAGACUAUUUUUUUAUAAAAGCAUAACAAAACAAUAGAUUAUAAUAUUUAUUGUCCUAAGAGAGAAUAUAUAAUUUAUAAGUUUUUGACAGGUGAUGCUUUUAUGAUAUGCAAAUUUUA